AUGGUGAAAGUUAUUUUGGAUUCCAAGAACCGUGUAUUUUCUUGGGGGUUUGGCGGCUAUGGGCGUCUUGGUCACACAGAGCCAAAGGACGAGUUAGUCCCCAGGUUGAUCAAAUUCUUUGAUGGACCAAAGCGAGGUGCAAAGGUCAUUGCUGCGGGGACUUGUUAUUCUAUGGCAAUCAGUGAACUAGGACAGCUAUACCUGUGGGGGCAGACCAAGUCCACGGGGGAAGUGGCCAUGUACCCCAAACCUGUCAAUGACCUUCAGGGCUGGAAUGUCCGCAGUAUAGGCUGCAGUAACAGAAGCAUCGUCGUGGCGGCAGACGACAGUGUUAUAAGCUGGGGACCCAGUCCAACCUAUGGCGAAUUGGGUUAUGGUGAAGAUAAACCAAAGUCUUCCACUCAACCCCAAGAGGUGAAGAAACUGACAGGCAUCUUCAUAGAAAAGGUAUCCUGUGGAUACGGACACACGCUUAUGAUUGCCAAAAAUGACACAGAAGAAGCAAGAGAACAACUCAAGAAACUGCCCCAGGUUGCUUUUACCAACGAGCUGUCGUAGAUUAGGUGCAGUAAGACUGACAAGACAGAAUAGAAUUCAGCCACUUUCUGAAGUGGGCCUAAUACUUU